AUGCAAAUCAUUUACGAUGUUGACCUCUGCCGCUUUCAAUGUCGGGUUGCACUAGGGAAUACGUUUUUACAUUACAAGAGCUGGAGAAACUUCAGUUUUAAAAUGCCACCACUAUCGCUGGAAGGAAAUACGCUGGGCGAAAAACACAAGCAUUUCAACAAACUGGUCCGAGAUGCAAUUGCUAAUGAACAGCUCAAUCUGACGAAAAUAAAUGCCAACGAUGGUGAAAUAGACAACCUACUAAAGAUCGAAACGGCGUGCAAAAGCAGAAAUGUAGACUACAUCAUAGAGGUGCUGAAGUGCGAUGACAUGCUGUACGUAUCAAAAGCGAUCAAGCAAUCUAUGUGGUUAAUUACUGAACAACAAUAUGAAUAUAUUAUUAACCCUGAAUACUUGUUCACGCAAUUGUUUCCCUACAUGCUCACCAAAGCCGUCAAUAAACUACUUUUGCAGAUACGACUACACCUGAAAGAUGAGAAAAGAGUUGAAAUAUUCUAUGAUUACUUGAAAAAUCACGACAAAGUUAAAGAAUGUGACAAAUGGCUACUAAAUUGUUCUAUACCGUUUAUAGAAAAUGUAAUAAACAAUCAACAAGAAAUAUCAUUACAGCUGUUUAAACGUUUGUGCAAACGCUCCGUUAAAUUUCUAAAGCAUUAUAAAAAAGUAGAAAGCCGUAAUAGUUGGCGUGCCUUAAAAUCAGUAUUGUUUUUGAUAAAAUCGAAUACUGACGAAUUUUUAAACGUUGUGGAAGCAACAAAAGAUUACACCUUCCCAACACUUGGAUCAAAACACACAGAAGUUAUCAUGAAAAAAUUUCCUAAUAGGAUUUUAGACAAGUUUGAGACAUAUAACAGCUCCGUUGAUUUAUCAGUCGUGACAAAAUAUAUGAAAAAAGAAACUGUUAAGGAUUUUGUGCUAAAACAAGUAAAAAACGAAAAUACAAAAUACUUUAUGAGUAACUAUGAAAACUUGAAACAUUUUAUUAAAAUCAUGCCUCAAGAGGAGAGAUUUGAAUUUGUUAAGAAAAUAUAUAUUGACAAAAAUGUAAAUGCACCUGCUCUUUAUGAUGACAUGUGCCUUGCAGAUGACAUUUGUGGAGCAGCCCACAUGCCUACAUGUUCCACUAAUUCGUACAACUGGUAUCAAUAUGCACCAUUCAAUGAGGCUUUUGUCGAGUUGAAGAAGCUGAUCCGUGCUGAAAGCUCACCCGCUGAAAGAUGUGCCAUACUUUCAGUGCUAAUAAUAUGCGCAAAAAAGAAUCCACAAAAUGUAAAGACUGUACUCCAGUACUACUACGACAAGCACAGAAAUGAACCAUUCAAAUUCAAAAUUCAAUUCGUGAAUAACAUGAUCAGGCAAAUUCCUACUUAUAAAUUUGAUAGUGAUACUUGGAAUAUUUUGGAAAAAUUGUUUCACAGCUUAGAAGUGUACACUGAAUCAGAAAACAACGUCCAAACAUGUUUGAAGUCUAUAGUAGUGUAUAAAGUUUUACACGAUGAAACUAUUCCAGAAAUCGUUGCAAAGAAAUUGAAUUUUGAUACUUUUAAAAUAUUUCAAAAGAAACUGAAUGCAGAACAACAGGAAAAAUUAUUUAAUUAUCUUUUAUCUUCUUUAACUACUAAGAUUCAAAAUAAUACAAUUAAAACUGAGUCUGAUUUCCAGAAGUCUAUUAAUUUAUUGACGGAUGCUCUCAAUUUAUUGAUUGACUGGAAAAAAGAUCUAAAGGAAAACACGUUUAUACUCGCUAAGCUACAGGAGUCAAUAAAACUUAAAAAAGCUAAUGCAUGGGAUGUCGAUUUGACGUCGUUGUAUAAAAUGAAAAAAUCAUGGCGGAAAUAUAUGUUUGAAGAAUCGAUGACUUUAUAUCCCUGUGAAGAUGUAUGCCUGAAUGCACUAAAACACGAUCCACAACUAUUAGCGCGUUAUAGUGACAAAUUAGACGAACUGAGAACAAAUGACACUAUUUCACUACGACGUUUGCUUGCUAAACUCCGUGUGUAUUGGCAAUAUUCCCUUGCACAGGAAUGGAUUAAAGCAUACCUUAAGAAUUUUAACGAAAGCACUGGACACAAAGCUGUAAUCAAAGGACUUUUCGAACUUCUCCCACACGACGAAAUUGAAAAAAUCGCGAGGAAGUACUCACCCACAGACCCAAAAAUUGACUAUAAUGAAGUUGAUCAGAUCGAGCUGAGUUUACGCAAAAAUAUAGCGAAAAAUUUGUAUAUAGCAAGACCUUUGACUUCUUUAGAUUUGGUAUUGUUAUACGCUAAAGGAGAUUACCUGCAAUAUGCUGUACCAUCACUGAACUCGAUCAUUCACAAUAUAAGUGUUGUUCAAAGCCGUGGUCACAUGUCGAAGUUAUUAGAAGCACCAGUAUCUCUACAGAAAUAUGGUCUGCACCUUGCGUUCAUCAAACUCAAGUAUGAAGAACUUAAACCCAUAUUUUCUGGCAUUUGGAAAACUACUAAGAACUCUACUAUCCGAACUCAUCUUUUUACGCACACCUACAAUAUACUGAGCAAGGUGAAAGACCCAUCAGUUGUCAAAGAAUUAUGGGAAUUAUUGAGUAUGUUUAUUGAUAACCUGGGCACAGAUGAAAAUAAAAUUAUUUUUAGUAACUUAGGAAAGGUGAAAAAUGUUCCUGUUAGUGUACAAGGAGAAUUUUUCAAGAAGAGUUACAAUGUUUUGUCAUCACUUCCCCCUGGAGCUAAUUGUGAAAUCUAUAAAAAUAAUUUAAUUAAGUUUGCACCAGACAUUAUGGACUUGUUGGAUACUGAUUUUGUGGAAAAUAAAUUGCUUGGAUCUAUAAAGGAAGAAAUAUCGAAAACUCGAUGUGAGUUAACUGAUAUAAUGGCUGCAUAUGUUCUUCACGGCAAGACGGAGGAAGAACAGUGUGAAAAAUUCAAAAGAGCACUCUUACCAGCCUUAGAACAUGCUUUUACCUCGUGGAAUACCGUUAAAGAUGAUGAAUAUGUCAUGAAAGAAAACGUCGAUUCAUUAACAAAAGAAUUAACUUGGGGUAUCAAGAAAUACUUACCUCUAAAGAAAAUCAUUGUCCCAGUAAAAUUAUUCCAGGAAAUAGAAAAAAUAAUGGCAGAAAAAUUAUCGAUAGUACAUAGUUAUGAGUUACUUACUCGUUGGAAACUUACAACUGAAUAUGUAAAGUUGCUUGUUGAAUACAAAGACAUGUUCUCUGACCCAAAUUUGGAUAACUUACCACUGUCAGAUUUUGGAAAUGGUUGGAUGCCAGAAGCAGCUGAACGUGUAUGGGAAGCUGUACACAUUAAAGUAUCUCCUAAAUUUGGUCCCAUUAUAGUAAAGCACUUAAAGACGGAUACCGAAAAAUACUUUCCUACCAUAUGCUGGUUAUUCAGUGUAGCUUUAUCUAAAACCUUUCAAAAUUUAUCAUUCCGUCAAAAUUUGAUGAAAAUGGAAACUUUGAAACAUAUGGUAUUGAACGAUAACUUUAUCCCCAGUUGCAUAGUAGUUUGUGAGGAAAUGCCCGUCGGGAAAUACUGCGAUGAAGAAGAAAAGAAGUUACUUAAAGAAAUACUCAAAGUAUUAUCUGCACAUCCGUCUUUAGAGGUCAAGAUGCACUAUCAAAAAGCUUUCUCAGAUAUCACGUUCGCAAUUGCAUAA